AUGUCCAAGCUGCUGCCGGCUCAGGAAGCAGCCCGGAUCUACCAUACCAACUACGUGAGGAAUGCGCGGGCCAUGGGAGUGCUCUGGGCCCUCUUCACCCUCUGCUUCUCCAUCCUGAUGGUGGUGACCUUCAUCCAGCCGUACUGGAUCGGCGACAGCAUCGACACGCCGCAGGCCGGCUACUUCGGCCUCUUCUCCUACUGCAUCGGCAACGCGCUCACCGGGGAGCUCAUCUGCAAGGGCAGCCCCCUCGACUUCGGCACCAUCCCUUCCAGUGCCUUCAAAACUGCCAUGUUCUUCGUAGGCAUAUCCACCUUCCUCAUAAUUGGCUCCAUCCUCUGCUUCAGCCUCUUCUUCUUUUGUAACGCAGCCACUGUCUAUAAAGUGUGUGCCUGGAUGCAGCUGGCAGCAGCUACUGGGCUGAUGAUUGGCUGCCUGAUCUACCCUGACGGCUGGGACUCGAGCGAGGUGAAGCGCCUGUGUGGGGACAAGACAGACAAAUACACACUGGGUGCCUGCACCGUGCGCUGGGCCUACAUCCUCUGCAUCAUUGGCAUCCUCGACGCUCUCAUACUGUCCUUCCUGGCCUUUGUGCUGGGGAACCGGCAGGACAACCUCCUCCCAUCCGAUUUCAAAGUGGAAAAUAAAGAAGAGGGAAAUGACUGACAGAGCUCAUUACCACAAAAUCACAAUGGGCAAAGUACAAUCACAUUUGGAAUCCGCUGAUGCUGUACAACUAAAUUUUCAAAAGGAAAGCCACACAUGGGGGAAAAAAAAAAUAAAACAACUCUGCUAUGGAAACACGGUAUUCAGCAAGUCUGGAAGUUGACUGAACACUUGUAAGGGUUUUUUGCCAGGCCUGGCCAGUCACGCAGCAGCUCAGAGCACACAGCACAAACGAGUUCCCCAGAAUGCUCUGUAGAAAGAGUGUAAAAUCCCCCAGCUGACACCACUCACCAUGCAUGCUGUGCUCCAGAUGUCAGCAGGGGUGUUGUACCCGGACCCUAUCAACACCUCCAAGGACCGGUACUGUCUUGUCUGGAUAUCUUCAGUGAAGUGCUUGUGCUAAAUAAAAGAAAUGUUUUACUAAAAAGUUAAAGACUGUUUAAAAGAGGAGAAUCAACAACCUGGAAGGCCACAGUAGAUCAAAGCUCAUUACCAUUACAUUUCAUCCGCAUUUAACAUCCUCAUUAACUAUUUCCUUAUAUUCCUACAAGUGCUGUUUAAAUGCUCUACAUGAGACACUCCUCAAGUGAAACAGUCCAGCAAUUUAGAGGAAAGCAAGCCACAAAAACAGAAUAAGGGAAGACUUUCAGAAAAUGCACCCUUCUCCUACCCAGUCAUGACAGAGAGGCCAUGAUCCAGCUACCUUAAAUCAGAUAAGCAACACCAAUGUAAGAGAUCACCUUGCCAGACACUGCAAGCCUGAUGUGCAAUUCUGAGUUGAGACUCAUCUGUCCCACAAGAUCUGAAGUAUUUUGCCAUUUUAGAAGCCAAGUAAAAGAGACAUUUUUUCUAUUUGAAAUGUCAAACAUUUGAAAGCAGCACAGCACAACCAUCAAAGAAAACUUUUUAGUUUUAUUGCACAAGUAUCUUUCACACAGCUCCCAAAUCCACUGAAAUGGUCUGACAAACUACAGAACUAGCACAUCAGAGCAAUUGUUUGCAACUUUCACAGUCUCCAAGACAGCUACAAACUCCUUCAGAAAUAUCACAUACUCAGAUUUCUAAGCACUGUAUGCGACAUGAUUCACAGGGCCAUUAGAAGUAAAUCUAAUGCCAGUGAGGCACCCAAAGCAUGAACCAAAAGCUUAUGUUUAGAGGACCAUUUCUUUCUUAGUGUCCCUGCUUCCCCUUCUGUUUUUCCCUGUCACAGUUUCAAACUCACUACUUUCACAGCCAGGUCUAAAAACCUUUUUUACAGAUUAUUUUCCAUCUGGGCAUACUGUGAAUGAAUUUGCAGGUUUAAACAGUCAAUGUGAAAAUAGUGUACACUUACCACCCAGCAGGCAUUUCCUAGGUCAGCUAUCUUCACUUUGAGCUUAUCUGCAUUCUUGGGCUCAAGAGGAUUAAGAAGGAAAUUCCCAGCAGUUGAUUUUCCUAGAGGCAAUGUGUACAACAGCUGAUUAAAGCUACACAGACAGUGUCACCAUCUGUCACCCAAAUCCUAUCACCCUCUCCCUAGCCAGGAAGGGUUUUUCUUACAGAUCAGAACUUUUCCCUCCCUGAUGCUUAGGUAUAAAAAUCAGCAGUCUCCACUAUCAGCAACAGAAGUACCACCAUUAAGAACUGACUGGUGUCACAAAGCAGAAGGACAGAAGGACAAGUAAGCAUAUACAAGAGUGACUUUCCCAGCACUCUUUGCACAGCCUUAAGAAGUCUGUCUAUAUUUAAAAAAAACGCUGAAAUAAGGGCAUUGCCAGAAACAGAACAAGCCUCACAAUCCCUAAGUCUCUGAAGAAGGAAAGUCCCCAUAUUAUACUAUCUUUUUGAUAUACCCAUCACUCACUGCUGCAACACAAUUACAAGAGCUGAAGUAUAUAUUGGGGAAACUGAAUGACACAGUGGAGAGCAAAAAUGUUAAGUCACUAAAUUACAUCCAGCAAUUUGGAAAAGGGCCGUAAGAAGCAAAAGACGCCUAGUAAUCUAGCAGAGGCAUCCACCUAACUGCAGUUCAAGUUUCAAAAUAUAAACAUCUCUUGCUACUUUUCAUCCAUGUAACUCCCCAGUGGUACUCUGGCAAGAAAAUGCUAGAAUACCUUUUUUUUAAAAAGUACAAAUGUUAGUUUUGCCCUCCUUCUCCAAGUAGAUAUACUUUACCUGACAUUGACACAAAGAUGCAAAAGUAGACAGUUUUAUCCAUUCAUAUUUUAACACACACACAUGCAAUGUGUUUAAACUGCUGUAUACUAUCAGAAUACAUUGAACAAUACUUAUCCCCUAAUUUAGCAGCCAGUGACAAUUUGUAAACUUGUGUUUCUAAUUAUUAGUGAAAAUCACACUUGAAUAAGCAACACCUUAUUCAAAGGAGAAAAUGGUCUUACACUGAAAACCAAGUGUAUAAGUACUUGUUAAAAGUAGGAACACUUAUGCAUUGAAAAGUCAAAAACUAAGGUGCAACUACAACCAGGAGCUACAAGCAGUGAACAUCUUGAAGUAUAACUGUCAGGUUAAUUACUCCUGGCAGGAAAAAUCUCAAACAGGUGGUUCUGAUCACUUCAGCCUACAAAAUGCACAUUUCUAUUAAUACUCUGAUGAAGUGUUGUAACAGAACUCUCCCACAUCAAGGAGGAAGGAGCCCUGUCUUACAAGGUUCCCCUUAUACCUUUGUUGUCUGACGGGCUAUUAUUCUCAUUCUCAUCUUCUGAAGGGGUCUCUGUCCGGAUGCUUUCCUGAAAAUUGUUAAUCUCCUGCACAUUGAAUGACUGCUUGUCAUUGGAUGUGGGCUGACACGCCAUGGAAUCCUCUGAAACUAAGGGCACAAACGAGUCCGACAUUGCUUCUUGAGGCCUGUUCUCUGAGUCAGCGUUAUGCUGACUGUAAUUACAGCUAUGGAAGUUCUCAGUCUUCUGUGUAUGAGGGUGAUUGCCACAGUCAUUGGCAUUAUGAAGGUCAUCCUCAAGUCGCACAGACCCUUGAUUCCCAGAGUCUGUGAAGUCCGUCAUUUGUAUCACUCCGUUGCAGUUUAUUUCUGUUACACAUUUUUCCACGUUGCCUUCCAUUAGAUUAGAUGGCUCUUGUACAAGGACUUGUGCUGGAAGAGUGGAAAAUGAGAAUAUCGCAAAAUAUGUCUGAACAAAUAGCUGGAAGCUAUUCAAGGAGCCCACAGAAGUAGGGAGUUCUCACACAAUCAUGCAUUAAUUCAGUUUGCAACAGGACAUUUCCCAGUCUCUUUAGAAGGGCAGAAUGCAAUGCAAAAAGGGGAAAUGACAACAGCCAACUCUACUAAAGGUACUCUCUCCUCAUACCCACAUAAGUGAAUGGACAACACUGCCCACUCCAUGUCAGCAAUACUUCAGGUCCAUACCUGUCUUUUUGCCGACACCUUCCUCUGGUGGACUAACUUUUAUGAGCAUUUCCAGAGGGGUCUGAGCUUCUUCCUCCUCCUCAGGCUGUGUCUGCCCAGGGCUUGCUUCCUUCUCCAUUUCCUCUAUCUCUUGCAUUCGCUUCUCUAACAACUCAGCCUGCCGUUUCUGCUUCUUUUUCAACUUCUUUUUCUUGUUCUUUGACAUUUUGUCAGCCUACACAGAGGCAAGCAGAGAAAUUUGACUUAGCAUUUCAUAUUUCAACAAAUCUAAAAUGUGCCAAGUUUUAAUUUAUUUUAGAGCUGAGGAAGCAGUCUGCAAUGAAAAUGUUGGAGAUAGCUCUUCUCUCAGAUAAAAAGCAGCUAUUAUAGCUUUCAAACCAGUCGUCUAUGGCUUUUAUCAGUGCAUUUUUGCCCUGACCUGAGAAACCUACAUUAUUCUCCAAGUGAGGGAUCUCAGACUCUAUAGAAAAAUUGCUUUCACAACAGACCUUGAGAUCACCACAAGGACUCGUUCUGGUGAUAUAUGAGCUAAUACUAUUUACAUCUCCAAGACAGCAUUGAACCUGAUGCCUAUGCCAAACACAAAUCACACUUUUUCUUCUGAUAUGAGGUUGCUUUCCCUUAACACUGACUGGAUUAUGAAACAAUGCAGUAGAUGCUAUCAGAAGAUGGGUACUUACAGAUGAAAGCUAUUACACUUACUGGUUUUGGCUGUGGUGCAGUGCUCACUGAAAGGAAAAGAAAGAUCAAUAAAUUAGUAUGUCUAUAUUCAAAAACUAUAACUGAAUCCUGAUCUUAAGGUAGGAUUUUUCCUAUGUGGUUUGGUAAUAACAUUUUAAUGAUAUCAGCAAAUGUUAUUUUAAGGGCUCAUUUCUCUACAAAAAUACAACGAUAAAAAAAAAAGAGAAAAGUAUUAAAUGUGUAAAUGCAUAAUUAAAAUUCCAGAUAGAAGACUUGCUUGACUGAUAUCAGAAACAAACUUCCUGUCAUGUAGCUUCAUUUACUGCAUGUAUUAUGCAUCUUACCUAAAUGAAAAUGCAAAUCAAAGCAUUAAAAUACUAAACUUAAGGAAGCUUCCUUAAGCUAAGAUAUGCUACGAUGGGCUCAGCUCAAUGUUGGUCUUGUAAGAUUAUGACUGACAGAGCCUUCCAAUACACACUGCAGUAGUUCUUGAAAAGUACACACUGGUACAGCUUCAUGCAAUGGAAGAUAAUAAACUUCUGAAGAAAAUGUGAGAAAUAUGUUGCCACAUUUUCAUCCCAGUUCUAUAUUGAGUGCAUCCUGAUUGUGCUACGUAAGACUGACUAUCCUACCACUUUAGGAGUGCCAGAUUAGCUGUAUUAAAAGCAGGUGCCAGAGUGCAUUUAUCAUCUCUCCAUUUUUCUUACACAAACUGCCUUCCCAGUCAUCUUUGAGUUACAACUUAUGACUAACUUCACCGUUUACAGUUGGGUUUUCAGAGGCUGCCUGCAUAAUUGUUCCACUGUACUCAGGAAGUUUUCCUUAGUGAGACUAGUGAUGAUUUGGGGGUAUGUGGGAGAGAUAGCACCAAUUUUCAGGGGAGGGGUGAAAAAAAAAAAAAAAUUCACCUGCAGAGCCAGAUGGUGGGGGAGCCCCAGAUCUCUGCCACUCUGUUGCUUCUGCAGCCAGCCUGCGAAUAUACUGGUCGUUAACACAGAGAAGAAUGUUCUCAGGUUUAAUAUCUGUAUGAAUGAUUCGACAUUUUGUAUGCAAGUAAUCCAAACCCUGAAGAACCUGCAGAUAAGAAAGAA